AUGAAUAGACUUCAGUCCUACACCAGGGUCUUCAUCGCCUUGGUCCUUUUCAGCAUGGUUUGCAACUGCUUUGCUACUGGCGGCUUUGACUACGAAAAUCUUGCUUCAUCUUCGUCUUCCUCUGGCCAUCACGAUUAUCGGUUGGAAUCAAGCCCUAUGGGAAGGUUUCAGACGAAGGACUAUGCCAAUCUCCUGAACUCUCGCCUCAAAGAUAUGGGUUGGGGAUCUGAGCCACUUGCCAAGGGAUUGUUAGUUCCUAGGGAGGACCUUGAAAGCUUCGUUUCCUCGGUGCAAGAUGUACUGAAGACGGAAAGUGGGCAGAAAGGCCUUCUCUAUCUUGGUAACACCCCUGACAGUCGGAAGGUACAUGCUGUGCUUCUGAAAGGCGCUCAGUCUCGUUCGCCUAACAUUGCCAUCAUUUCGACCCCAAAGGUGUGGAGGUCUUUGAACCAGAAGAUCCAGCUGCACACGUUCGCGCAGAUCGACAAUUCCAAUCUUUUCGACCUUCACCAACUUCUUCAACAUGACUUCAACUAUUCUCAGCUAGACUCGCUCGCCAGGAAUGCUCUUCCUAAGACACCUCAAUCCGAGUUCGACAAUCUGCUCCCUCGCUUCCCUCUUUGA